AAAAUCAACAAAAUAAAUAAAUAAACAAAUAAAUAAAUAAAUACAACUUAGUUUAUAAGAACUCAAAAAGCUCACAUUUUUUUCUCCUUCUCCAACCUUGUCUCUUCACCAUCUUUGAGUGUGUUUCCAAAAUCAAAACUCCCUUUUUUUUCAUCUUUUCUCACCAUUUCUCAAUCCAAGAUCCAAUCUUUCUUCUUCCAAUGGCUGCAUCAUCAUCAUCUCCAAUGGGAUCAACCAUCUCCAUCGCUUCCUCUUUGGCCACCACCACAACAACCACCACCUCUUCAUCAUCCUCAUCUUCAUCUUCUUCUCCAUGCGCCGCAUGCAAAUUUCUCCGGCGAAAAUGCCAACCGGACUGCGUAUUCGCGCCGUAUUUCCCGCCGGACAACCCUCAAAAGUUCAUCCACGUUCACCGCGUCUUCGGCGCCAGCAACGUCACUAAACUCCUCAACGAACUCCACCCUUACCAACGUGAAGACGCCGUCAAUUCCCUCGCCUACGAAGCCGAUAUGCGCCUCCGUGACCCCGUCUACGGCUGCGUCGGCGUCAUCUCCGUCCUUCAGCACCAACUUCGGCAACUCCAGAUCGAGAUUUCAUGUGCAAAAUCCGAGCUUUCCAAGUACCAGUCCACGUUCGGCCCUCCAUCUUUCUCCUCUUCCAAUCCUCCCACCACUAAUCUUAUCAACAUCAAUGCUCAACCGACGGCCAUGGGCUCCGGCAUUGGCCACUUCUUUCCGACGUCUCAUGCUAGAGAACCACCACAACCGCAUUUGAUGAUGAUGAGAAACUCUUAUGAUACUUAUGAUGAUAGUUUAGUCGCUGCCGCCAUGAAUGCUUCUGCUGCUAGUUUCGUUCCUUUCGCCGGCGGUGGCCAGUUUGCAAGACCCAACGCUGCUGCUGCUGCUGCUGCUGAUGAUCGUCCCGGUAUUGGCCCUUCUGAGAAACCUUUGUGCUCAUGAUCAUGAUCAGGAUAAGAAUUGAGAGUUAAAAAUAGAUAGAUGAAGAUGAUCAGGGAACUCAAGAGUGUAGUGUUACUUUUUUAUCUCUUCUUCUUCUUCUUCUUCAACUUCUUUUUCUUUUAAUGAAUGUUUAGUUUGUUAAGUUUGUUUUCUUGCUUUCUCUUGAAUUUCAAUCCAAUGUUGUAUUUGA